AUGUCAGUUUCAUUGUAGUUCAAAACAAGUCAAGCCAGAGUGAAAAGCAUUAUUGCCACAGGGAAGGGAGGCCACUGAGCGACAGAGCUUGUUUAUUGGCUCUCAGAGUACACAUUUACUGACAGAGAAAGUGCAAAAAAAGAAGAAAGGGGAUCCUAAAAGAGUGACAGAGAGCAAGGAGAAGAGAGAAAACGGAAGGCAUCUGCUUUGGGAAGGAUUAUGGAAAAUAUGAGUAGCUCCUUGUAUUUCAUCAUACCGGCCCUAGGGGGCUAUACCCUCACAUCACUUUACUUGUUAAAGAACCCCCACAUCCUGCACAGGAAAAGAAGGACAGCUUUCAACUGCACACACAUCUCUCAUAGAGGAGGAUCCGGGGAGAGAAUAGAGAGCACCAUGGAGGCAUUCAGUCAUGCAGUGCAGCAGGGUACAGAGAUGUUGGAGAUGGACUGCCACCUUACCCGGGAUGGUCACGUGGUUGUGUCACAUGAUGAGAACCUCCUGCGACAGACGGGCCAAGAUGUCACUAUCUCCUCCUUGAGUCUAGAGGAGAUGCCUCUGUAUAAAGAGAGAAUGGAAGUUACAUUUUUUGCAGGACACUACAGCACCGGGACAGACAGGAAGUUUGCCUUAUUGGAGGAUGUGUUCAGAAUGUUUCCCAACAUGCCCAUCAACAUUGAGAUCAAAGAGGAAAACACUAUGCUGAUACAGAAGGUCUCAGACCUUGUAAAGAAAUAUGACAGGGAGGAGAUUACCGUUUGGGCAACAGAGAACUCCAGCAUCAUGAAAAAUUGCUGUGCAAUAAACACCAACAUGCCAUACAGCUUCAGUAUUAGUCGAGGCAUGCAACUUCUCCUCCUUUUCUACAGUGGCCUACUACCCUUUGUACCACUAGGAGAAAGCUUCCUGCAGUUUUACCUGCCCCGUAUCAUCAACAGGACAUACAUUCCAGAGGAACGCAUACUGAAGAGCAGACUGGUUAUCUCUUUCAUAGAGAAGUUAACUAUGAGAAAGAGCCUUUUGAAACAUCUUGUAUCAAGAGGGAUUCAGGUACACUUGUUUGUUUGCAAUGAGGAGCAAGAUAUAACUGCAGCGUUUAAAACAGGGGCCACAGGAGUCAUGACUGACUAUCCCACCCUCCUGUCAAACUACCUCUCCAGACAAAGAAAUCAAGACUGACAGAAUGUAAUCAACAAUCAAAUUAUUGAUCUAUAAACAAGGUGUUUUACUGGCAGUCUGAUACACUCAUCACAUGACAUGGUUUCAUAGUGUAACGUAUUUCCUUACUGUUGAGUGUUGCUUCUAAGUUCAUUUAUGAAAAGAUUGUCUGACUAAAUCCCAACCAUGGAGAUUUUGGGGUAAGAAAAAAAAGGACGUUCCUUACAGUUCUUGUCUUUUAAAAAUAAAUUUGGUUUGUUUUCUCUGUAAUAAGCAGUCAAAAUGUAAUCAUAAUAAAUAUACCUAUCAGAAUUAUACACAUCAGACAUAUUAAAUUCAAUUUUUUGUACCAUAUAAACCUAGUGUCCUAUUUGAUUAUUCCCUUCCCCUCCCCCUCAAAAAGCUUCUGUUUUUUGCCAGGCCAUCACUAAAAAUAAGAAUUUGUUCCUAAUGAUUCUGCCUGGUUUAAUAAAGGUUAAAUAAAA